AUGCCGGACACCGAGCUCGGAAAACAUCCCGCGCAGCCUGCCGGCACACCAGAGGACCAGCGCAGCAGCGCCCCAAAUGUUGAGGACAACGCUUCACAGACAAAGACCUGGUUAACGUCUAUCCUGUGUAAAAACCGAUGGUACAAUCCCUACUAGGCCACACUUGUCAUCAUGCGCAUUUACAUCAUGUGCAGAAGUAACAUUUGUGAGUAAUCGUGCCUCUCCAUGAGGGGCAUUUGCAUUUGUGGUUGUGUUUUCGCAGUUGAAAUUAUGCUGCGAAGAGGAUAACAAGCAUUUGCGCUACGGCUAAUCCUGUUACUUAAGAGCACUGUACCACAGAAGCAAGAGGCAUGCAUGGCAGCGAAAGCUUCACGACUUGCUUAGCAGGAAAGCACCCAUCUUGACGAGUGUGGGGUACUUACUAGGGAUCAUGAUGUCGUCGGUUUUUACUCACGAUAACGUCCUUCCUCGAGAUUCUUGCUACCACUGUCAACCCCGCAAAGUGGAAAACAAAACGCAUGUUGCGCCGCGUGCCCAGAUCGCCGAAGUCCGGAACUCCUGAAGAUGUUCCCGCAGCUUUGGACGGAGCUUUGAGUCCCGGUGCAGCUCCUGCAUUUGGUGCCGGAUCCGAGGAGGAAGCUAGCGCAAAAAAAGAAUCUUCGUCUACUCCAUCAACAUCCGAGGGUGAGAAUAACCUAGAAGAAGUCGCAAAUAACCCGGUAAAUGAAGAUGAAGCAGAAGUAAUCAGAACCGCUGCUUCGCUGCAACAACUGUCCGAAAAGAGAAAGAUUUCAACACCGGAGGUUCGAACCACGACAACCUCCGCUGAGCAGGAACCCAGCGAUGCUCUGUCCCCUUCUUCCUUCCUGCAAUUUUACGAUGACAUGUCCGAGGUGCUGAGCGGUUUCGUGGAACCUUGCGAGUCCCUGCUGCAAAAGAAGGCCGACUUCGAAAUUGCGGCCGGAAAAAAGUUUCAAAAAGAGGAAAAGGAGGAGGGAAAAACAGAGCAGGAGGGGGGUGGCGAGAAAGGUGAAAAGGAGGAGGAUAAGUUGAGUGACUUCGCGGAUACGGACGUAGAGAAAGAGAACGCAAAAGAUGGUCAGUGGUACGAACAGGAAGCAAGAAACGCCGACGAGAAGCUGGCGACGAUGGCUAAGAGCAAGUUGGGGGAACAAGCGACGAGCGAGUUGGAGGUGGACGCGUUCAGUUUUUUCGAAUCGCUGGAUCAGAUAAACACCGACCUGAUAGCACAGCUGAAAGCGCUCGCGGCGCACGCCAAGUGCCCGACCCACGCAUUCCGGUGUGAGCCCCUGGUCAAGGGCCAGCAGGAGUCUCUGGAGCUGGGCACCAGCAUCAAGAUCGAGGGGCAUAUCAAAUGUAAAAAUGUCUGGGUCUGGAAAAGUGCCAGACUUGUCAUGCACGUUUUCCAUGACCCAUGAGGUCUGGUAUGUAGGACAUAGCAUGACAGAUUCUGUGAGAGUUCUAUCAUGCCUACCCUGCAUCAGAAACUGCCGCUCGAUUAGGUCAAAAGUCGACAGCUUUUGGCAGUCAGAUUUAGCAAGACAAGUUGCGUUGUUCCAGACCCAGACAUUUUUGCAUUUGAUAGGGCAGUGCUUGACGCAACUCUCGGACUGGUCCGCCAAGUGCGCCCACGAGACGCUCGCGCGGAAGAUGUGCACCGACGUGAAGGACCCCGGGCUGGACGACACGGAUCUCGACGCGAAAGCGGAACUCCUCAAUUUACCCCCAGGCUUGCGCGACCAGGUGGUGCAGCACAGUUGCGAGAAUUUGUUGCAAGGGGAGAAGGCGGUGGAGGAGGCGUUCACCACGUCGAACGAGUUGAAGGUGCCAGGGACGGAUGCGAAGGAAAAGGGUUCGCUGCUUUCCGAUGCGGAACGCGAAGAAGUCGGGAACGGCUUGGGCGAGUUUAUCCAAGACUUGCCUGACGAUUAAAGUAAAUUGUAUGUAGGUUGUAGGAUGGCCAUUUUGAAGGUCGAAGCUAGUAGUUUUGAUACUUUUUCAAGAACUUCUCCCACCUUCUUUUUUUCAACGAAUUUUUUUGUACAAUGGAGGGAGUGAUAGUUAACGAACCUGGUCGACGCAUUCACUUGAGAAUAUUGGCAAACCACGUUUCGAGAAUGAUAAAACCAAACCCAUCUAGCGAAGUGAUAGACGAAAUUAAGUCGAAUGGUAUCAACAGAGAAUAAAGCGAAGUUUUAGCUGAUUUGUGUUGUUAUUCUAUUUUUACCAUCAUGACCACGACGUCAUGAC